CAUCCGAUACCGUGCAGAGUCCAAAGCUCUGUAAAUGGUGUUGCCGGAGCAUAUAUAAGAGGCGAGCUUGGCGCCCUUGGGACAUUCGGUCAGAAUCCACCUUGGUCUUUUCACUCGCCUCAACGCAGCACAAAGAUAAGCAAAAAUGGCCUUUGCUGGUGUUCUCAAUGAUGCCGACGUGAAAGCAGCUCUGGAUGGCUGCGCAGGUGCCAACACGUUUGAUUUCAAAGCUUUCUUCAGGGCGUGCGGUCUGGCCAGCAAGUCUAGCGCCGAUGUGAAGAAAGCCUUCGGUAUCAUCGACCAGGACAACAGCGGCUUCAUUGAGGAGGAUGAGCUCAAGCUGUUCCUGCAGAACUUCUCAGCCUCUGCCAGGGAGCUCACCGACAAGGAGACCAAAGCCUUCCUCGCCGCCGGUGACACCGAUGGCGAUGGCAAGAUCGGAAUUGAGGAAUUUACGGUCCUCGUCAAGGCCUAAAUUCCACCUGACCAAGAUCGUCUUGAUGUCUUCGCCGGAUCCGGUAAUCCUCAUCUGAAAGAAUGUUUUUUAUAGCUUAUUUAUAAAUUGCCUGCGGACUAUUUCUCAACAACUUUCACCGCUAUGCGUGAAUGUUUGGAAACUUGUGCAAGUUCAAACCCAUCUGUACUCUUGAGGCGGAGUGAAAAAAAAACGGGAAUAAAAACUCGUUUGGUGUAAAAAUCAA